AUGGGACUCGGAAUUGGAAUCACAGGAUUUCGUCAAAGAAAUAUUCCAAACUUAAGACCCACAGUUUGCAGGCUACGUAGAAAUGAUGUGAAAGAAUCAGUGGAAAACCAAAUAUUCAGUUACAAUGGAAGCUGGCCGGAAAAUGGAACAAUUCAACUUCACGCAUGUUGUGCGAAAAGUGCUGAAUUCGCCAGGAACAAUGGGCUCUUCGACUUCAGUGGGACAAAUCAACGUGUGCUGUGUUGUAGUCAGUUUUUCACUAUUGUUUGCUUUCUAAGCCUUAGUAUAUAA